CCAGGUUGAAAGCGUAGGAAGAAGCAGCAGGGAGAGGUAACGAUGUCUGCCGUCACUGUGGUAUAUGGUCUCAAGAGUCUAAAGGUUAAGACAUCUCCUGGUACUCCAGCUGCUGAAAUACUUGACAGAGUAGCUACUCAUUUCAAGUUGGAUUCCGCCACCUUUGCGUUAUUCCAUAAGAACAGCGAGAUCUCCAACUCACUCCCAUUCAGACUGCUGAACUUACCAGCUGGGGCUAAGUUGGAGUUGAAGCCUUCAAAAUCAAAGAGACAACAGGACAUAAAUGUCAAGGUCCAGUUCAUAAACAGUCCAUUUGAGCAGAACUCUGUGGUUAGAAAGUUGUCGAAUUGUAUGACAUUGGGCCAACUGGUUGAGAUGCUGCAGAGUGAAUUGGGCGCUAUGUUGGAUGCUGGCUAUGAUUUGAAGUUUCAAACCUUUACAAAGACAGUAGGAGUCGAGUGUUUAGAUCUGACAUUAUCUCAAGUUGGUGUUGAGAAUAACGGUGUGCUGAGAAUAAGCUUUAACAGACCAACUGUUAUUGAAAAGAAACAACCUGGUGAACCAAGUGCAGUACAUGUGGAAAAUUCUAACAAAACUGUGGAUACAGAUACGACAAUGGAGACAGCUAAGACAGAGGAGAUAAAACUGUCGCCAGAGGAAGAAGCCUAUAAGAAUGUUCUUGUGCAACAGAUUAAAGCCCAUUUUUCUCAAGUGGAAGAUGAAACCGGUCACGAUGAGAUGGACAUCGAUGGGCCAGUUGACCGUGAAGAGCCAGCGAAGGAAGAGCCAAUGAAGGAAGAGCCAAUGAAGGAAGAGCCAAAGGAAGUUCCUAAGCAUGUCUACGUCUUCAAGGCAUCUGAAACUCCUCUUGAAGUUGAGCAACCAGACGAAGAAGUUUAUGAACUUUCUGUGUCACACGCACGUCAGUACCAAAAUAUGUUAUCAUCAUACGCACACGACUCUGAGAAGAAGAGAAGAAUACGUAAAGAGGCCCAAAAACGUCGUAUAAAUAACGUUGAAGUUAGAAUAAGAUUCCCAGACCAGUCUUUCCUACAGGCUAACUUCAAACCAAAUGAGACAAAUGCAGACUUGUACAAAUUUGUUUCGAAUUCAUUGGCUAAGGAAAAUGUUGAGUUUGAGCUGAGCAUACCACAUCCACACGAGGUCUUAGUCACUUCAACACAACCAUUGAUAACUCAAUUGGACGCAAGAAACUUGUUAUUGUUCAGAUCACAAAUCUUGGUAAAUGGUCCGUUUCUAAAGCCUGAUUUCCUACAACAGGCCAAGGAUAUGAGAGAAGCCGAAGAGAUUAAAUUGGAUAAGGAAUUCAACCACGUUCAUGCAGAUGAUACAACACAGAUAGAGUCCUUGAAGGUGAAUUCUCCAACAACAAAGAGCUCCACACACAACAACGGUAAAAAGAUUCCUAAAUGGUUAAAGCUUGGAAAAAGCUAAAGCAUGCUACAUUGAUGCGAAUUGUGAGUUGAUCAUAAUAACGAUAAUAAACCUAUAUAAAAAAAGGAAAGAGAAUACAAAAAGUAGAUACUGAAAUCACAAUAUCUCACCGGAACGAAUAGAAGUUUAAAAGGAAAACACACAGUUAAUGAAUGCAGGAUGAUUGUAACCAUCUCAUAACCGAUGAGCUAUGUGUUUAUCAUGGGUAUAUCUGGGGUAUCAAAUGAUUGGUUUAA